AUGCAAGAUCUGCCCAUAGAAGUUGUCAGCACCGUUCUUCAGAACGUGUCCGCGACAGAGGAUCUUCUGCAUUUACGCAGCUUGAACUGGACAUACAAAGAGCUGGUCACUCCCCGUGUGUUCAGCACCCUUCACAUAAAAAAUAGCAUCCAGAGUGCACAAAACUGCCACCAGAUCAUCGGUUCCCCAAGCCUUGCCACCCAUAUUCGAGAAGUCGUCUACGAUUCUCGCGACAACGAAUGUUUCCGGCUUCCACCCGACAUCGUAGGCAAGUUGCUCUUCCUUUGCUCACAUUCUCGCGAUGCGGUUGAGGUCAGCGAGCUUGAAGAAGCACUGACCGAGGCAUUUUGCGGUUUAACUGCACUUCCGAGGAUUGACCGUGUCGUGCUCAACUUCUGGCCGUCAUUUCUCUCCCAGUCGGGGAGGGAAGUUCAUGAGACGCCAUUCUGGUUCACAAACAGGCAGCACAUCCUCCUUCACGCCAUCCAUCACGGCAUGAAGACAUCUCGUAUGUCCACAUUGUCUCUCAAGAACGUGAUUCUGCCUGCCACAUGUUACGACUUCGUUUCGUCCCUCACGGACUCACCACUGUCACAUUUAUCAAUAUCCGUUGUGUCCAACGCCGAUGUCAGUGCCUGGUCAGGUUCCAAGAACGUCAACGGAUCACUUGGCGCACUUUUACCCUCCUCCAACUCCACCUUGAAAUCACUUGUAUUGUGCAGCCCCCAGGGCCCCUACCACAGCCUCACAACUCGGCUUUCUUCAUUCCAUUAUCCAUCUCUCGAAUCGCUUGUACUUGAAAACAUCGUUUUUGAUCAGAUGCCCUCCGCCGAUGGCGUUGAGGAGUUUGUCCUUCGUCACAAGGAUACUUUGCAUCGACUUGAACUGCAAUCAUGUGCAUGCCACAUACCAAGCUCAUCAACUGAUGACAGGCGGUGGUCGACCAUUUUGCAACGAUGGGCUACCGAGCUCACUAGCUUGAGGGAGAUCGUCGUUAAUAACGACGGUCUCAGAUAUGUCCUUCUCGAUGCUGAUCGGGGCUACAUUCCCAAUGGAGAGAUCAGCACCACGGUGUUUGAGGAUGAUUCGUCAAGCUUGCAGAUGUUCAAAGAUACUAUUGCGGCUGACCGAGCUGUAGAGUAAUUGAUUUCGAUGCAUCCUCAUGAUACCCGGGCCGAAGUCUUUAUGUAAAUCAGACUGUACUUGUAUGCAUACGCAGUGUAUUCGAAUUCCUUAUACCCAUUUCCAAUCAAGCACGACAUGUUUACUCAC